UUAUCCUGCCUCUGCCUCUUUACCCGACACUGCCCUGCACUCUCACUUAACCUCCACAUAGUGCCGGACGGGAAAUAACUUAAAAUACUUUGAAACAAAUCCGCCGAAUGACAUCUCCUCUGGCGCAGUAUCACCCCUGACAACGACGCUAAAGUGUUUUAUUUUACUUUCUGAUCGUCGGCGCGCAAACAGAGGAGUUACCAAAGUCCCCGACACGCUCCAGCGAUGAUGACUUUACGCACGGGAUUUGAAGGCUGUUUGAACUGACUCCUCUUGUUUGGUCUCAACGCUGAAACUCAAGACCAUCGCCCACAACAAUCUUCAAGUUUGCCAGAAACACGCAGCGAAUGACGAAGAAGUGAAUCCAGGUGACGUUCAUGUAUUUUAAAGUCAGCCACAAGUGAGAAGAGGGUGGUGGAGUUGAAGUCUAAUUUCUAAUGAUGUCUUCCAUGCAAGCAACACCUCCCUUCCACCCACCAUCUGAGGAAGAGGAAGCGAUAGGUCAGGACAAUGCGCCCUGGGCCAACGACAAGAGAGAGGGCCCAAAGGAGUCACAGUCUCCCUCUUCGCAUGACCAACCCCACCCAGAUGAGCUGCAGCCAGUCAGAGAGAAGCUGACAGAUGUGGAGUGGGAGAAUAUGGUGCCUACUGCAAUGGACAAUGAAAGCAGUAAAGGCUGCUCAAUCUACUCCUACCGGACUAACUCUACCUCUCCACCCAAGCCAGAGGAGUGUUCCAGGGAUCGCGGGGAGCCAAUAAUCGGCCUCACCUUCGGGACGCCGGAGCGUCGCAAAGGUAGCCUGGCGGAUGUGGUGGACACACUGAAACAGAAGAAACUGGUGGAGCUGACCAAGACAGAACAAGAUGAGCCAACUUGCAUGGAGAGACUCCUCUCCAAGGACUGGAAGGAGCGCGUUGACAGGCUGAACGCCAAUGAACUGCUGGGGGAGGUCAAAGGUACGCCGGAGUCCCUGGAGGAGAAGGAGCACCAACUUUCCACCAUGAUUGGUCAGCUGAUCAAUCUGAGGGAGCAGCUUCUGUCUGCCCAUGAUGAGCAGAAAAAGAUGGCCGCCUCACAGCUGGAGAAGCAGAGACAACAGAUGGAGCUGGCCAGGCAGCAGCAGGAGCAGAUUGCCAGACAACAGCAGCAGCUCCUGCAGCAGCAGCAUAAGAUAAACAUUCUCCAACAACAGAUCCAGGUCCAGGGUCACAUGCCCCCUCUGAUGAUCCCAGUGUUUCCUCACGACCAGCGGUCUCUGGCUGCUGCUGCUGCUGCACAGCAAGGCUUUCUCUUCCCACCGGGCAUGUCCUACAAGCCAGGUGAGAAUUACCCCAUGCAGUUCAUUCCAUCUGCAAUGGCAGCUGCAGCAGCGUCUGGACUCAGCCCAUUACAACUACAGCAGCUGUAUGCUGCCCAGCUGGCAAGCAUGCAGAUCUCACCAGGAGCAAAGAUGACGCCCCACCCACAGGUUUCGAACUCCUCCGGUCCCCUUUCCCCCUCCGCCGUGAAGACUGAGAAGCGAGCAUCCAGUCCUGUCACUCAGAUCAAGGAGGAAGGAUCCACACAGCCAUUGAACCUCUCAGCCAGACCCAAGACAAGUGACCCUCUUCGCUCUCCGACGUCCCCAACACAGAGUCUGUUCUCUGGAAACAAGACCAGCCCUACAGGCAUGGGCAAGGGCCGCAUCCCAAGCCCCAUCGCCAACAUGGGCAGAAACACCUCUCUGGACAUCCUAUCCAGCCUUAACUCUACGGCGCUGUUUGGGGACCAGGAUGCAGUUAUGAAAGCCAUCCAAGAGGCCAGGAGCAUGAGGGAGCAGAUACAGAGGGAGCAGCUCCACCACCAUCAGCAGCAGCAGCCUGGACACCAGAGUCUGGAGGCCAAACUGUCUGCCCUCAGCAGCAUGACCCUCAACAACGGCAACAAGGAGCGGCUGCACUAUGAGACGCUGAGCCAGCACCUGGGGAAGCUCGGGGAGGAUGCUGGGAAGAUGGUCCAUCGAGUCAUUGACCUGACAAGACCAGAAGAUCUGGAUGGGAAUAAUAUGACAGAGGCACGAGUGUUCAGAGAAGCGCGGGGCAGAAACAGCACGGAGCCCCACAUCAAGAGGCCAAUGAACGCCUUCAUGGUGUGGGCCAAAGACGAACGGAGGAAGAUCCUGCAAACCUUCCCUGACAUGCACAACUCUAACAUCAGUAAGAUCCUAGGCUCUCGCUGGAAAUCCAUGACCAACCAGGAGAAGCAGCCAUACUAUGAGGAGCAGGCCCGCUUAAGCAAGAUCCAUUUGGAGAAAUAUCCCAACUACAAGUACAAGCCACGGCCCAAGAGAACCUGCAUCAUCGACGGCAAGAAGCUGCGCAUUGGAGAGUACAAGCAGAUGAUGCGGUCACGACGUCAGGAGAUGAGGCAGUUCUUUGUAGGGCCUCAGCCACCAAUUCCUCUCGGCAACAGCCCAGGUGGUGUAGGCGUUUACCCAGGUGCCAUAACAAUGGCAACGACAGCCACACCAUCCCCACACCUGACCUCAGACUGCUCCAGCAACUCAGCCAGCCCAGAACCCACCAUCCCUGUCAUUCAGAGCACGUACAGAGUGAAGUCUGAGCCUGGCGGCGGCGGAGGCAGCAAUGGCAGUGGGGUUGGAGCCUUGGAUCUGCCCAGUGACCCCACCAAUGGAGACGAUGACAUGGACAUGUAUGAGGACUUUGAGGAUGAACCCAAGUCAGACUAUAGCAGUGACCACGAGACACGGGAGGCUGUCAGUGCCAACUGAGCGUGCUCAGGGUGUAAGUUGUAAAAAGAGAAUAAAAAAACUCACUCUAUACUCAGAAAAACUUUUUAAAAACAGUUUAUUACAGAGACCUUCAGGCAAACUUUCAUUGAGCAUUGAGCAUGGCCAGACAGGAUUCAAACUCACUGAACAUGCUCAGAAAGUUCUUGGACAGUAUCUUGAUGCAUGUCCACUUGAAGAAGAGGACUGAUGGGAAAAAUGUGACCCAAGAAAACGGAAUAGACAUUCAGACAUCCAACUCACAAUGAACUACACUUUGACAAUCUUAACAGGAGCAAAUCAGAGUUAGACGAGAAAAGAAAAAAUGAGAGAAAGAAGAAAUGAGCGACGGACACAUUGCUGUGUGGUUUGUAAAGAGCUUGCAUGGAUUUUGAAGUAUCAGGAAUUGGUCUUCAACAGCUAUUUGGUCUUAAAUGUUUAAGGAGUGAUUUAGUUUUUAUCAUUAUGUAUUUACUUUUUCUUGUUUUUUCUCCUUUUUGUUUGUUGUUCUAUAGACUUUUUCUGACAGGUCACUGCCUGUACAAACUCUGGACUGUCGGAACUUGAAAUUUGAAAAGUUUUAAUAUAAAUCCUAGCUAUUGUAAUCUUAUAGUCUUACCUUUGUUUCUUAUGAAUACAGUGCAUCUACAUCUUUUUUUUCUGACAAACUGCUUACAUUACAUUACAGUUUUUUUUUUUUUAAUAUCCCAGCUCAGGUAUGAUGUGCCAGCUUGUGAAUGUGUUUUUUUUUUGUUUUGUUUGUUUUCAUACAAAAAGAGUGGUAGGACUUUUCAGACUGUCAAUGAAAUAAAGGGAGAAAAAUCCCUUAUAUCACAUUAUUAUUAUUAUUAUUAUUAUUAUUAUUAUUAUUAUAUUAUUAUUAAGUAAGUAAUUAAGUACCCAGGCAUUGUACAGAUUUACUUCAAAUGUGCCAAACCUACAUUCACAUUCAUUCGGGAUGUUGUAGUCUUAACUUCCAAUGCUGCAGAAAAGUCUUAUACAAUCAGCUUUUUCUAUCUGAUGAGUUCCUACUCUGUAACUGCUGGCUCCCCUCCUGGCCAAUCACAGGAAAAGCUCAGGGAGGAUGUUUUCAUCACACUCGCUCAGUCACACACACACACACACACACACACACACACUUUGUGUCGCUCUCUGGCAGCCCCUCCAGCUUUGAGCUGUAGUUAAAGAGCAGCAUUGAAGGCGUCUGUGCUUCAAUUCCACUGCAUUGGUGCUUUCAUGAACCACGUUGCCCAUAGUUCCUUGAGGCCAAACACUUAGCACAUUGUGCAGGAAGUGCAGUACGGUGUAACCAAACGCCAACAUUUAUCAUUUGAGUGUGUCCCUUUCAAUCUGGCUAAAGGUAUAGCAUGACAUUUUUGGCUUCAUUUCUGCUUAGACACUUUAAGAUAUAAUGAGUCUUAAAAGUGUUCCUAUAGCGCUGUUCAUUCAGCGUCAUAGGAAAGGGGAUGAGUAACCCCAAAAUAAGCCUACUGUAGGAAAAGAGUUUCUAAUAUUCCUGAUCCCUUCACUGUAUUUUGAAUUACGUUUUGAAUCGGUACAAAGUGUACAAAAUGUUACUAUUUUUAUUAGUCUGUUAAUAUUUGUAAAUGUCUUCUCAGCAUCAUGUGGUAAAGAUACACCAAACUUGUGUUUUAAAAAAAGAAUUUAUAUAGUUGCAAAAAAUGGGUUUAAUAGAUCUGUUAUUUCAAAAAGGGUACCUUUUUCUACGUUGCAUGUAUAUUUUGAAGACAAGUAAAUUAUUAAGAGAAGAAUGGAGGAAAUGAAAGGUGCAUAAUUCUCAGUCAGCUUCUCAGUCAACCACCCCAGUCAGAGCACACAAGUUUUUCCACAGUCUGAAGCGAGAUGUUCCUCUUUCUUCUUGGUGCGGCCCAGUGGUCAGCACCAUGCUGGGUGUGCUCGCUUUUUCCUCUAUUUUACUCAGAUGUCACAUUCUUUCUCUGAAGACAUAUAAUAUUUUUCCUUUGUCUCUUUUCACCACAUUUUGCAAUUUUGAAGACGUUUCCAUUUUCAACACCUGUGACCUCGGGUGAUUUCUGGGUGCUCUGUUUAGCUGUUUGCUGUUUCACACGUCUUCUGACUCCACAUUUCUCUUCAUGACCAUAUAUGGCGGUUUUUGCUUGGAAAAGCUUCACAUGCUGGAACUGAUCAUUGGUUUUUGCUUGCAUCACAGGAUAAAAGCCUCAUGCAUAGACCUUUCUGUUUUUUUCAUACACAUCCUAAGCACUGGAUAUAAAUUCUAUGUUUUUUUAGUAUUAACAAAUGUGAAGUUGUUGUUUGAUUUUCAACAUGAUAAAUUAGAACAGUCAAAAGUCUCAUGUUCGGACUCUAUUACAAACCCCGUACAUGCUAGGUAAGUAAAUUGCCAUUUCUUUAGAAGCAUUUCAUUUAUUGAAGCAAGUUAUGUUGCCGCAGCUCUAGUGCCGCCUAAAGGGGUCACAUCACCUCUGAUCUCUUUAUAAAGGUAACCUCAUGCUUUUGUCAGUUGUGACCUACAGAAGCAGAACAUUAAGUUUGCUGGUCACACACAUUUUGUGAUGAGUAUUGUAUUUGAAAUUCAAUUGUGCGUUUUAACAUUUCAUUGUAUUUAUUAGCCAGCUUUGGCUCUAAAAAGUGUCAGUACAACUUGGUGAGAAAGACAAUCAAAAAAAUAAAUAAAUAAAUCAAAAGUA